AUGCUUUGCGACGAGCUGCAGAUGCCCAUGCAACAGUAUCAGCCGACUCCUCGUGCUGUCAAGUGUCGCAGGUUGGAGACCUGGGAAGAGUUCAUGGACCCCGAAUCGCAGGAGUCGCCCGAUGAUCUCAUCGCACGAUUCUUGAUCCGCGGAGUGCUGCGAAGCCUGGGGAGGGUCAAAUUGAGGCGAGUCUUCAUCUUGGUCUGUGGCUAUCCAGCAAAGGCCUCUGCCGUGGACUCUGCAUUUGCAAUCUACGGCCAUCGAACCGUAUGCUUAUACCCCCACUCUGCUGCGGAGGGUGCUGAUGUGAUAGCUGAAUUGCUUGACUCCAGAGGUUUCAUUGCUGAAGGUGUCAUUCCCUUCGCCGACUGCGCCAUUCAGCUGGCCGACGAGAUGAAUUCGCGGCUCGGAUCGAUCCGGCACAACUCGCCACGGACCUCGGCGCUGCGCCGGGACAAGUACCUCCAGCAGGCAGUUCUACAGCGAGCCGGUCUGCCAGCAGCAGUGCAGAUUGUCACAGCGGAUGUCCGUGCAGCGCAGCACUUUGCCGUGCAGUUCAGCCAAGUGGUGGUGAAACCGCGGGCCUCAUCGGGUGGAGACGGCGUUUGGCUGUGCAAUGACGAUGAUGAGUCAUGA